UUUUUAUAAUAACAGUAGCAACACUAGGAUCCAUUGAAAAAAUUAUUUUCAAUUUUUAUCAUUCCAAAAUUUUAUUAUCUUAGGAAAUUUUUGGAGUAUUGCACAGUAGUUUAUUGAAAUUUUAUGUACAAACCAGACACCGUUUAACUCACAAUGAAAGUAAAUAUUGAAUUAGGAGGAGGAGCAGAACUUUUAUUUGGCAACCAAAAGCAGCAUGAUAUUGAUCUUCAAGAUGAUAAGAAAUGGAUACUUGGCGAUUUAUUAUUGUGGAUGAAGGACAAUAUGUUGAAAGAGAGGCCAGAAUUGUUUUUGCAGGAUAAGUCGGUACGUCCUGGAAUACUGGUUUUAGUUAAUGAUACUGAUUGGGAACUGGUGGAUACUGUCAACUAUGCCAUACAACCUAAUGAUAGGAUAAUAUUCAUAUCAACUCUACAUGGGGGAUGAGAUUUACUAUAUAAGUUUGUUAUUUUUUUAAUGUAACUUAUGUUUAAUAAAAACUUGAUAUUUAUGUUUA